AUGAGGGAACAAUUUCAAGUGGCCACCAAUAAAGGAAAAGGUAUCAAAUCUAAUGCUCGAUUUUGGGAAGAAAAUGCUGAAAAGCUCAUUCAAGAGAACACCGAGAGAAAACAAAGUUGGUUUUUUGGAUUUUGUCCUGAUUGUAUUUGGAGAUAUAAAAGGGGAGAAGACUUGUCGACAAAGACAAAGGAGAUUAGAAAACUAAUGGAAGUGAAAUUUGAAAAUGUUGAACUUGAUCGUCAUCUUCCAGGUGUUGAGCGUUAUUCUUCUCAAUAUUACAUUCCUUUUGAAAGCAGAAACUUGAAAUACGAAGAUCUUUUGGAUGCACUAAGAGAUGACAGCAAUUAUAUUACUGCAUUGCGAGGAAUGGGGGGCACAGGAAAAACUACAUUGGCAAAAGAAGUGGGUAAACAACUUAAGACAUCAGAGCAAUUCAAUCAUGUUAUCAAAACCACAGUGUCAUUUACUCCUAAUAUAGAAAAGAUUCAAGAUGACAUUGCUGGAUCCUUAGGAUUGGAAUUGGAGGGCAUCAGUUCAUCAAACCGACAAAACAAGUUGUGGAGCAGAUUAACCAAUGGUGAGAAAAUUCUGCUGAUAUUGGAUGAUGUGUGGGAAAAUCUCAAUUUUGAGGACAUAGGGAUUCCAAAGAGUGAUAAUCACGAAGGAUGCAAAGUACUUGUAAUCACACGCAUUCUGAAGGUAUGCAACCAAAUGGCAGUAUCCUCGAGAAGGGAAGUAAAAUUGCAAUUGAAUGCAAAAGACUACCAAUUGCAAUUGGUUACUGUCGCUAGCAGUUUGAAGGAUGAAAAACGCCUUGAAGAGUGGGAUAUUUCAUUAAAGAUCUUACAGAAGCCUGUGUCCAUGGGCGAUGUUGGUAUUGAUUUGGUUGAUGUUUAUAAAUGUUUGAAGUUUAGCUAUGAAUUUCUGAAGGAUAAAAAAGCCGAGGGACUUUUCCACUUAUGUUCUACAUUCCCAGAAGAUGCAGAAAUUUCAACAGAAGUUCUAACCAGGCUUGGAAUAGGAGUUGGCCUUUUUGGGGAUGAUUAUGGUAGUUACAAAGAUGCUCGAAUUCAAGCAGCUACAUCAAAAAAUAAACUCCUAGAUUGUUAUUUAUUGUUGGAGACAAAGAAAGGAGAUGUGAAAAUGCAUGACUUGGUUCGUGAAGUAGCUCAAUUGAUAAGAAAGAAUGAGGCUAAGAUAGUAAACAAAAGUCAAAAGUCACUGGUUGAAAGCGAUAAGAAAAUCAAAUAUUUGAUAUGCGAAGGAAAUCUUAGAGAUUUAUUUGCAAAUAAGUUUGAUGGUUCUGAACUUGAGAUUCUAAUUGGCGACAUGGAUAUGACGGGCUUUUUGCAGAUCCCCAUUUCAUUCUUUAAAAAUAUUCCAAGGCUUCGUGUUUUGAAUUUAUCAUGCCAUAAUUCUUAUCCUCGUUGUCUAUCAUUACCACAAUCAAUGGAGCCAUUGUCGAAUAUUCGUUCUCUAUCAUUUGCAAAAGUUGUUUUGAGUGACAUUUCUGUUUUUGGAGGCCUGCAAAGUCUUGAGACUCUUGAGUUGACUCAUUGUGAAAUUGAUGAACUUCCUCAUGAAAUUGAAAAACUGAAGAAUUUUAGAUUGUUGAAGUUGGAAAAGUGUAAAAUUAGAAAUAAUAACCCAUUUGAAGUUAUCCAAAGAUGCCCAUCACUUGAAGAAUUGUACUUCUUGGAUAGUUUCAAUGGUUUUUGUAAGGAAAUAACCUUACCAACAUUGCAAAGGUAUCGUCUCAGCGAUGUCUCCUAUUAUCAUUAUAGGAUGAAAGAUCCAAUAUCAAGAGGUGUGUUUUUGAAAUGGGAUUAUUUCUCAGAAGCAACAUUGAAGUUUGUGAUGGAAACAGCAGAGCUUCUUCAUUUGGAAGGAACCGACAAGGGAUGGAGAAAUCUCAUGCCUGGGAUUCUUCCUAUGGAUAAUGGUAUGAAUGAUCUAAUUGAUCUUGUUUUGGAAAAUUGUCAUCAAAUACAGUGCCUGGUAGACACUAAACAUAUAAAAUCUAAAGUACCAAGUGUCUUCUCCAAUCUUAAGAACGUGACCUUAAGAUCAUGUUCUAUGUUGGUUUCUGUUUUUGAUCUGUCAACUUCUAGAGGCCUGCUGCUAUUGGAGAAAUUGGAAAUAAUUGAUUGCGAGAAAUUGGAAAACAUAAUUACAACUGAUUGUGAUAAUGAUAAUAACAAUAGUUGCAACUCAAUGUUUCCAAAUCUGAAAUUUCUUUGUAUUGAAAAAUGUCACCAAUUACAAUUUAUACUUCCAUGUCACUCUGCUGGAGACUUUUUGUUACUAGAAUCUAUCAUGAUAAGAAGUUGUGACGAGCUGAAGUACAUAUUUGGCCAACACCAAGAUGUUAAACUCGCUUCACUAAAAGAAUUGGAGCUUCUUGUUGUGCCAAAUUUCAUCAACAUAUUUCCAGAGCCUUCAUCCAUUAAAGGGUCAUCUAAUUCCAUUUCCAAGCUACAAUCAGAAUCAGUGAAAUCUAAUACAUUGGCUUGGAGUCAAAUAUGUUGUUUUGGAUACAAAUCGAGAGGCAGCACAAGUACUAAAAUGCCACUGGUUUCUAAGGAUGAACCGAAAGACUGCUCAAUCACCCUGGUAACACCAUCUCAUAUUUUCAUUUAUAGUUUCUGGUUUUAG